AUGGACCAACUCUGGGAUACAGUCUAUCAGGUUACGAACUCCGUUGGCUCUCCAAUCACAAGAGGUACAGAUAUACAUCAUACUACAAAAAAAUACAGUAGAUCUGGUGAUAAAAAUAUGAAUACAACGGCCAACUUUGAUGAUUCGCUGGAUUCAGUAAGCUGCAGAUCUUCGUCCACUACUAAUAUUCAAAGUUUGUCAAUUACAAACAAAUCCGGCGGGAGUCCUUUAAAAUCCAACGACAAAAAACAAAAGUUGUCACAGUCGGAAAGUUUUGUUCAAAAAUCUCCUCUAGAACAUAACGUACUAGCUUCCACUAAUUUGCUUUCGAAACAUUCAAAUGAUAAAGGAGUAUGGUCCACAUCUUCAUUUCUAGAUGGCAUUUUUGGUAAUACCGAGAGAAAAAUUAACCCCCUGAAGAGAUCGGGCCAAUUUUACAAAAAUAGGCGCUCUUGGUCGUCAGCUUCGCUGUCGGCAUAUAAAAGAAUGAGUGCAUUCACUAAAGGGAAUUCAUUGAAUACAAGUAACACAGAUAUUUCCAACCAGAAAAAGACGGAUGUAUCCAGGGACCAGUCUUCAGAAGAUGAAUCAGACGGAAUUAAAGAGGGUAUUGCGGAAGAAAAGCCAAUUACUUAUACACAGCAAUUUGCGGAUAAAUUUAUGGAACGUCUUUUGGAUAUGGCAAUUCCAACGACAGCAGGAGUUGACGAUGAAAAGGAACUCUCAGGAUUACUUUCAAGAAUUGAAAUGCAGAAGUCAAGACCUGCGCUCACAGUUCAAACAAUAAGUAAGAAUAGUAUAGCAUUACUUCAACGAUUGUCUCUUCCCUUUGUCUUAAUUGAUCAGAUCAUACUGAUUUUUCGCUGGAAGGACCCAAUAUAUACACUUUGCAUUUUAUUAGCGAUAACACUUUUGAUUUUGAAUCCAUCCACAUUGCUUGCAAUACCAUUCUUUGCGUUGUGUUAUAUUACAAUGUUUCCAGCCUUUGGAAAAAGGCACCCGGUCGAUCAAAAAACUGGCGAGUAUUCUAAGGGCCCAAUGUUAAGCAAUAUAAAAUAUCCAAAACCAGUUCCAGAAAUAUCUAGGGAAUUUCUUUUGAAUGUGACCGAUUUACAAAAUCAUAUGAUGAUUUAUGUGAUACCUUGGGAUUGGAUUAAUCGAAUAAUAGUGAAGUACUGUUAUUUUAAGGAUGAGCGAUUUACCACAGCUCUUUUCGUCCUUUCGUUGGUAGUUGGUACUGCAUUUUCUACGUUUGGUUCCUCGCUAUUAGUUUUCAUGUACCCUGCACUCAAAGUUUUACUCGUUAUGUCACUGUGGAUCUUCGCCUUUGUGAUGAUACCUUCGAAUCGCAUUAGGUUGUUGGAAUAUAUUUAUUCUGAGGAUACAAGGUUACGAGUUGUAACGCUAAUGAACAAUUUAGAUGUGAGAUUAGAUAAUGAAUUAACUUGGCUUCAAAAUAAAGAAAUCAGGGAACUUGAAAUUUUUGAAUUGCAAAGAUUUGAUAAAGAAACGAAUACUUGGCAGCCAGUAUGCUUUAGUCCUGAAAUAUAUCCGAUUAAUUCACAUUUACGGUUGGAAAAUCUUCCGAUAGAGGGCUGCAGUGAUCUCUCUAAUAUUAAGGCACCUAAGGGCUGGUCGUUCAUCAAUGAAAUCGCCGGUCAGUAUAAUUCGAGAGGAACUAGAAAUUUUUCAUCUUCUUUUUUAUCUAACAGUAACGCUAAAAUUCGCAAAGUGAAUUCUAAUUUAUCCCUAUCGAGUGGCAGGAUACAUGAAAAAGAUGAUUUUACUGAUGACGCUGAUUUACCAUUUAGCGCUAUCAAAGGUGUCAAUGGAUGGUAUUUGGAUCUUGUGGCAAUUAAUUGGGCCCGUGAAAAUUAUGUUGAUGAAGUUAUGACUAUUGAUGAUGAUACUAAAUGGUGUUAUUGA